GGGGUACCGCGGUCGCCAGGACCCGCUGCUACUGCCGCCUUUGCUGUUGUCGGCGGGUUCACCGCGGCCGCACACCGCUGGGCCGUCCUCCGCCGGAACCGAGGCGCCGCCGCAGAUGUGGGGCUGCCGCCGCGGCAGCCGCUGCUCGCAGGGCCGGCACUGCCGAGUAUGCAUGACCAACUGCCCUACGCUGAUUGUCAUGGUGGGUCUCCCAGCAAGAGGAAAAACCUACAUCUCCAAGAAGCUGACACGCUAUUUAAACUGGAUUGGAGUGCCUACGAAAGAAUUUAAUGUGGGUCAGUACCGUCGAGAUUUGGUGAAAAAGUAUAAAUCUUUUGAAUUCUUCCUGCCUGACAAUGAAGAAGGACUGAAAAUCAGAAAACAGUGUGCCUUAGCAGCGCUGAAUGAUGUCCGACAGUACCUCAGUGAAGAAAAUGGGCAUGUGGCUGUGUUUGAUGCUACAAACACAACUCGAGAACGCAGAGAAACUAUUUACAAAUUUGGUGAAGAAAAUGGGUAUAAGACUUUCUUCGUUGAAUCAGUAUGUGUAGAUCCAGAGGUCAUUGCUGCAAAUAUCGUGCAAGUGAAGCUGGGUAGUCCUGACUAUGUUGAUUGUAGUAACGACGAAGCAACAGAAGACUUCAUGAAAAGAAUAGAGUGCUACAAGAACUCAUAUGAGACAUUAGAUGAAACUUUUGACAAGGAUCUUUCUUACAUUAAAAUUAUGGAUGUUGGAAGGAGUUACCUUGUGAACAGAGUCAUGGAUCACAUUCAGAGCCGGAUUGUCUACUACCUCAUGAAUAUCCACGUGACUCCUCGGUCAAUCUACCUCUGCCGACAUGGAGAAAGUGAACUCAAUCUGAAAGGGAGAAUAGGAGGAGAUCCUGGACUGUCUGUCAGGGGGAAAGAAUUUGCCAAAACUUUGGCACAAUUUAUUAACGAGCAGAAUAUCAAAGAUCUGAAAGUUUGGACCAGCCAGAUGAAAAGGACGAUUCAGACUGCUGAAGCCUUGGGAGUGCCUUAUGAGCAGUGGAAGGUUUUGAACGAGAUAGAUGCAGGAGUGUGUGAAGAGAUGACAUAUGAAGAAAUACAGGAAAAUUAUCCACUUGAAUUUGCACUAAGAGACCAGGACAAAUACAGAUACAGAUACCCUAAAGGAGAGUCCUAUGAAGAUCUUGUUCAGAGACUGGAGCCAGUAAUUAUGGAACUUGAAAGGCAGGAGAAUGUGCUUGUCAUAUGUCACCAAGCUGUCAUGCGAUGUUUGCUCGCUUAUUUUCUUGACAAGCCUGCAGAGCAACUGCCUUACCUGAAGUGCCCGCUGCAUACUGUCUUAAAGCUAACCCCGGUGGCUUACGGAUGUAAAGUAGAAUCUAUAUUCCUGAAUGUUGAAGCUGUAAACACACACAGAGAUAAACCUGAGAAUGUAGGCGUGGAUCGCUCCAGGGAAGAAGCUUUGAGGACAGUACCUAACCACCUAUAGCUCCAGCUCCCAGGGCAGCAGCCCUUCCUCCAGCACGAGAGCGUGAAGCAGCAGCUCAGGUCCCAGCAGAGUGGUGAAGGCCUCGCUGAGCGCCGAGCUGGAAGGACCGCGCCUCCCCUUCACUUUUAAGACGUUUGGAAUGUGAUUCAGCUCCUCUGGAGAACAGCUGUAGUCGUGGCUAACUCCCAGUGCCGAAAGGUAUCGGUAAAAACAUUUAAGGGAAGCAGAGUAGAGUUGGUUUUAGGCUUUUUGUAUGUAAAUUUGUGCAGUUUCAGUGGUUUUUCUUGUUCAUCUGAUUAUGCUGCAAGGUGGUUAAUUGCCUGUGUCAGUUGUACUGUCAGAUUUUAACUAGAUUUUACUUUCUUUUUCUAAGUGUUUUUCUAAGAGUUCCUCUGAUUCUUACUGUGAAUGAUCACCCAGAAUUACAUGGAGGUGAUUUUUGAUGGCAUAUUUAACAUAGGUGAAAUUCUGCAUUUCGAGCAUUGAAGGCUUCAUCUUGCAAACUACCUUUAGGUGAGAAACUUGCCAGCUCUGAUAGCUUCUGUGUGGUUUUAAACUGAGCUUUGGUUUGCCUGCCACAGCUUACUGCAAUGGGAGGAGACCUUUCCUUUGGAAAAAUAAAAGCAUUAAAGCUAGAUUCACUACCUGAAAGAUUCUGCUAUUCUAGUAAGAUAUUUAACGUUUCCCAGGGGCCAGUUGGAUUGUGGAGGGCAGUGGAAGACACAGGAGUAAGUGGGGGCCAUGAGUGAGAGUCUAUCUGGCAGCCUAGGUGCUGAGAGACACAUCCCUUCUGCAGUUACAGGAGCUUUUGUGAGACUGCAAGGGAGGAGAAAAGGAUUCAGACUGUCAAGGGCUGGAGAAACUGCUUGUCUUACCAGUGCUGUGAUU